GAAUCCUUUUCUACCCAUGCGUCACCCAGUGAGUGAUUAACCGGAAGAUACGUGAUGGCACAUUUCUAGAAGGUUGUGGUGACAGCAGAGCUCCAGAUGGAGACGGAGUCUGAGACCCUCUCGGCCGUCAUGGCUGACACCUUAAAAGUGUCAGAGAGCAGAGAAACCAGCAUAGACCCUGAGGAAGACUGUUUUUAUGACUGUGAGGACACUUUACCUGGAGAAGUUAAACGCACAGAGAGGGAGCACAUAGACAAAAUGGAGUCAGAUGACAGGACAGAAAAUGAGAGAGUAGAAAACAUGGAUGAUGCUGACAGGUUGUGUUUGGAUAACACGUCAGAAGAGGAUUCUGAAGGGCACGAGGACAGUUCGGAUGAAAAGAGACAUGAUUCAUUAACAACAGACCUGGAUCCUGAGAAAGACAGCGAAGGGGAACAAGAGAAAUGGGACAGUUUUGUGGAGAGCGAGGAGCAGAGAGACGCCGACUCUGAUUCAGAAUUGAAAGAGGAGACAGUCAAGGUGAAGGAGUAUGAUGAGGAAUACCUGCGUGAGCUGGAGAAAGACCUGACGGAGGAAGAAAAAGAGAGCAGAAGAAAGGAGAGUUUAGAGCUGAAGGAGAAGGGCAACACACAGUUUAAGAGUGGAGAGCAUGUAGAGGCUGAGGAGUCUUACACUGCUGCUCUGAAAGUCUGUCCUGUGUGCUACAGUAAAGAGAGAUCCAUACUCUUCUCUAAUCGAGCUGCUGCACGCAUGCAUCAGGAUAAAAAAGACAGCGCUAUCAGUGACUGCUCGAAAGCCAUAGAACUAAAUCCAAAUUAUGUCCGUGCCAUUCUGCGGAGAGCAGAACUCUACGAGAAGACGGACAAACUUGAUGAAGCUCUAGAGGACUAUAAAACUGUCUUGGAGAAAGAGCCAGGCAUCCCUGCAGCUAGAGAGGCCUGUAUGCGAUUGCCACGGCAAAUUGAGGAGCGAAACGAGAAGCUGAAAGAAGAGAUGAUGAGUAAGCUGAAGGACUUGGGCAACAUGAUUUUACGACCCUUUGGUCUCUCCACCUCCAACUUCCAGGUCAACCAAGACACCAACACAGGAUCCUACUCCAUUAACUUUGUUCAGAAUCCCAAUAACAACAACAGAUAGCUGUUCAGUGUCUUUUUAUAGAAUGGCACAACUGAACAGCCCUAUUCAAGUGUCCGCUCACUCUCUUGACUGUUCAAUCAUAUGCCCCCUCUACACUAAUUCAUUGAUACAAGUAAUGUAAAGCUGCUUUUCCAUUGACCAGUUAGCUCUUGUCAAGUGGUUUUUGGUCAAGCCUGUAUUAUAUGGAUAUUCAGUUUUUUGGCAUGCCAGAAUGUUACAUUUGCUGUGAAGCUGGUGUCAGUGAUCCAGACUGUCAGUCAUGAGGAACGAAAUAAUGGGCCAUCAUCACUGUGGUCACAUUAAACCAGCAGAUAAGAUCUGUC